AUGUAUCGAUUGCAAUUUCGCCGAUGUGCUUCAACGUUUUCAACUCGAUAUACGGCCAAAAAUGAACCUAUACUAGAGUAUCGACGUGGUGGUAAAGAAGUCAAACAGUUGGAAGAGACCCUUAAUGAGUACAAGUCAAAGUUAAAUCGUAUUCCUUGUAUUGUCGAUGGGAAAGAAGUUUGGACAAAUUCCGUUCAACGACAACUUCUUCCAUUCGAUCAUCAACACGUUCUUGCUGAAUAUUGCCUCGCAGAUCCCGCGCUUCUAGAACGAGCAAUUGAGAGUGGAGUCAAAAAUCGAUCCAGGUGGGAACAGAUGCCGGUCGAAGAGCGAGCCAAUAUUUUUCUCAAAGCAGCAGAUCUUGGGUCCGAUUUAAAAUGGCGUUCUCGACUUCUGGCUUCGACAAUGCUCGGUCAAGGUAAAACAAUUUUCCAAGCCGAAAUCGAUGCUGCUUGUGAAGUGAUCGAUUUUUGGCGUUUCAACGUACAAUAUCUCGCAUCUGCACUUGCCUACUCACCAAUAAGCACUCGCGAUUCGGAAAAUACCUAUAUUCAACGAGGUCUCGAAGGUUUUGUGGCUGCCGUUUCGCCAUUCAACUUUACUGCCAUCGGUGCUAAUCUUGCUUCAUCGCCGGCUCUUAUGGGCAAUACGGUUCUAUGGAAAUCAGCCAGUACAGCUAUACUAUCCAAUUAUGUGGUUUAUAAACUUCUCGAAGAAGCCGGGCUUCCGCCAGGUGUUAUUCAGUUUGUACCAUCAAAAGGUGGAGAUUUUGGACGAGCAAUUACUCGGUCACCCCAUCUAGCAGCAAUUACAUUCACGGGUAGCACAGACACAUUCAUGACACUCUGGAAAUGGGUAGCUGACAAUAUUGACAACUAUCGGACAUUUCCUCGUAUGAUUGGAGAAUGUGGUGGCAAGAAUUUUCAUUUGAUUCAUUCAUCAGCCGAUCCAACAACAAUUGUCUAUGCCACUAUUCGUUCUGCAUUCGAAUACAGUGGUCAAAAAUGUUCGGCAUGUUCUCGAGUCUACUUACCACGUUCGAUGUCGAAAACGUUUUUUGCUCAUAUGAAAUCAAUCAUGAUGAAUGAAUUAAAAAUUGGAUCGCCUCUUCAACACGAAACGUUCACAUCGGCCGUUAUCGAUCGAGCAUCAUUUGAUAAUAUCCGUAACUACAUCGAAUAUGCUCGAUCAUCACCAACGACCAAAAUUCUUGUUGGUGGUCAGUGUGACGAUUCAGUUGGGUUUUAUGUUCAACCGACUCUAAUCGAAACAACCGAUCCCAAAGACAAAUUGAUGUGUGAGGAAAUUUUCGGUCCUAUUCUCACUGUUUAUGUUUACGAGGAUGAUAAGUACGAUGAAACCCUCGAACUCAUCGAUCAAACAUCGAACUAUGCAUUGACCGGAUCGAUCUUUUGUAAAGAUGAAAACGUUCUCAAGAAGACGCGUGCACGUUUGAUGCAAGCCAUGGGAAAUCUCUACAUAAAUGAUAAAUCAACUGGUGCCGUUGUCAAUCAACAACCGUUCGGUGGUGCUCGCCUUUCGGGUACGAAUGAUAAAGCCGGUGGACCUCAUUAUAUCUUUCGAUUUUCCUCGCCAUUGGCUGUAAAAAAUAUGAAAGAACCAUUGAAAACGUUCAAGCACGCUUCCAUGGAGUAA